GUAAUAUAAACGAUUUUCUAGAGUCAGUGCUUGACAGCUAGGUGCAAUCAGUUUUAGUUAAAUUAAAAAGAAUUAGAAAUAAAAACAAUGACCGAUUUAGAUAAAAGUUUAGAACAUUUAUCGCUUGACGAAAACCUAUCGUUGCGUCAUAAAAAAGAGCGAAAAGAGCUGCAGGCAAAAGUUCAAGCGCUGAAAAAGACGGCUGGAAAAGGUGACAAAAAGAAGAAAAAAGAAGUGCUCGAAGAAAUAGCACGUCUCGAAAGUGAUUUGGAGAAGCGACAUGCCGACGAAUUGGCAAAAGCUGAAACGACCACAGUCAAUGGGGUGGAUCAUUCGAACCAAGAGGAUGAUAAUCAAAAUCAAAUCGAUUCCAAUGAGGCCGAUGGUAAAAUGAAUCGUGUUUCAAGAGCUCAAAAACGACGUGAUAAGAAGGCCAACGAAGAAAAGAAUCGGCAAGCCGAAAUUUUAGCUCAGGAAGAAAUCAAUAAAACCGGACCGCGUGUCAUUGAACUCAAUACAAUCAAAAAUAUACUUGCAAAACGAAAUCUACUCCUACAUCCAAUUGCUAGCGAUGGAAAUUGUCUGUAUAACGCCAUUCGAAAUCAAUUGCGAGUGACAGGAAGAUUCGCUGAUGAUGUUCAAACGAUGCGACACAAAACUGCCAAUUAUAUUUCAGAAAAUAAAGAUUCACUGAUUUUUUAUAUGACUAAUCCCGAUACUGGUGACUGUUUAACCGAUGCCGAAUUCGAAAAAUACUGCGCCGAUCUGAAAAAUACCGCGGUAUGGGGUGGUCAAAUCGAAAUCUCUGCACUGUCGCAAAUUCUUCAAGUACCAAUCGAAGUUAUUCAAGCCACCGGCCCAUCCACCAUUCAAGGCGAUGACAAAUUCAAAGGCCCCAACCUCAUCAUCACAUAUCAUCGCAACAUGUACAGCUUGGGAGAGCAUUACAACGGAACUAGACCGAAAAAUUCCACCACCGACAACGAUGACGGCGAUGAUAAUGAAGAAUAAAGAAUUUAAUCAAUCGAUAAAUCGUAACCAUACAUUGAUCAAUGUUCCACACACAAAAUCACAGUAGCCCGUGAACUCAUUCGAAAAUGUUAAAUAAAUUUUAAUCAAAAUUUACGCAA